AUGCGAUUGUGCGCUCUGCUGAUAAUCUUGUUGAGAUCAAUUUAUGCCGCUCUCGACACCGCCGCUGUCAUUGCCAUUCAGAAUGAAAUCAAUAAGCACAGUGCGGACAUCGAAAUGAUACUUGAUGUGAGUUUUUUUUUCCCACUUUCUAUCUCCUGAAUCAUUUUUUAACCAGAUAUCUUAUAAAUUUUUUUUUCAUGAAUUAAACUACGUUCUCUUCAUUUACUGAGCAUGUCAAAAACUUGAACGCUCGUGUCAGUGAUCUGGGACGUCCUGGGCCUCCAGGAACAAAUGGAUCGCCAGGCUUUCCAGGAUCGAAAGGAGAGAAAGGCGACCACGGAUUGGACGGUAACUUCAGAUGAAUCGAUGAUUCGACGAUGGGGAGCUCAGGUCAUCCUGGAAAUGAUGGAAUGCAAGGAAUUCCUGGAGUGAAAGGCGACAUCGGAAUAAUGGGACCAACGGGCAUGAAAGGCGACAAAGGCUCUAUGGUCAGUAUUCCGGGUAGUAAAAUCAAAAAAAAAAACAAAUCAUACAGGAAGAUCACUCUGUAAGUUUUUUUCGAGCUUUCAACUAAUAGUAACAUAAAAAAAUCUUUCUUUUUUUAUAAAAAUGUCCAGCUUAGAAAAAAAUAAAUGCGUUCCAGGGUUUUCCUGGCCAAAAAGGGGAUCAUGGCGAGAGCGGAACACCCGGUUUGAAAGGAGACACUGGAAUUCCCGGAAAGGUGAGUAUGACGAAUCUGUCGAGUGAGUUUAUUUUUGGUAUUUCGUCAUACCCUAUUUGGUUAAAAAAAUCACUCAAAAAGUCUUUUCCCAAAAAAAUUUUUUUGUAUCUCAAAACAAGAUGACUUUAAAAAAUAAACAGUCAUUUUUUUAAGCAAAAAAAUUAAAUUGAAAAGCUCAUUAGUUAAUAACUUGGGACAGAUCGGAGAACCUGGAGCGAUGGGUCUGCCUGGUAGCAAAGGAGAGAAAGGCAUGGAAGGAUUACCUGGAACAAAUGGGUUAGCCGGAGCGCCUGGAUGGCCUGGAGCCAAAGGAGAAGAUGGACUGCCUGGAAGACCUGGAUCUCCUGGAUUUCCGGGGAAAAAAGGUGAAAACGGCGUUUCUGGCAUUCCUGGAUCGCCAGGCAUGAUUGGAGAACGAGGUUUACCAGGGGCUCCUGGUCCACAGGUAAUAACGAUUUCAUUCUGACUGGCGAUUUUUAAGUUGUCAGGGAAUGAUGGGACCGAUUGGUCCACCAGGACAACUUGGACUCCCGGGACCAAAAGGAGAUCAGGUUUUGAGAAGCGAAACUAAUUUGUCUAUCUCAUUAACUUUCAGGGUCCAUCUGGAUUACCAGGAGGAAAAGGCGAACAAGGAAAAGAUGGCAUUCCCGGACUCCCUGGUCAUUUUCUAAUUCACAUAGAGCCAAAUAUCAUCUUCUUUUUAGGAUGGAUCGUCAACGACAAGGGAUACUGCAUUCUUGCUUUGGGUAACUGUCCACCAGCUUUCACUCAAAUCGGAGCCUAUCAAGUAAGAAUAGUUGUUUUUUUGUCGAAAAGAAAGAUAUAACCAGGCACAUGUCGAUAACUACCGAUUUGGAGACUACACUUUAGUGAAAUCUUCUGGAAUCGGAGGCAACGAGGAACAAUUCGCUCUGAAAGUUCAUGCUUGUUGCCGUUAA